AAAACCAAAACUAAACUGCAACGUUUCUUUGGAAGGCGUCUGCUUUUCUAGAAAAACUGCCAUGUUUUAUUCCCCCACCCACCUGAACCCACACACAAACACACAGACAAGACGCAUCAGAGGCAGGAGAAGCUGAGAACAUGCCUGAGGUGACACUGCUCAUCUGCCUCUGUCAGCUGCUGCUAGUGCGUUACGCAGCCCUGAUUCCUCAGGUUGAUGCAGAUUGCAACGGAAAUGUGACCCUGCCAUGUCCUGCUGUCAACCAGGAGAACAUGGACUUCCUGGCACUGGCUUGGUAUAAGGAGGAUUCCAAUGGCAAAAGACAUGGUAUUAUCAGGAAAAGCGACGAUGGAGUGAUGGCUUUCGAGAAUGGUCGGACCGCCAGCUUUGGAACGAUGCACUCCCUGCUGCUCAACUGGGUCAAUGCGUCUGAUGAGGGGACAUAUUUGUGUGCCAUGAGCGCAAAUGUCGGGGGCCAAAACAAGGAUGCAAGAGUAGAACUCACAGUUCGCGUGUGUAGGACUGAAGUGCAAUUGACAACAGUGAACUAUGUUACCUCCUCGAGAGCAAACCAGACAAGCCAGGUCUGCAAUGAAGUGCACAUUCCACAAACAUGGAGUUUGCUGGGCUUUGGAGCAGUGGCUGCAGUCAAAAUCCUUCUAUCUAUAAUCACUAUUAAGGUGAUCCGUUCCAGGUGCUUAAAACGACGACGAAGCUAGCGGUUCAAAUAGCUCUUACUGGAAGCACAACGGAUUUCCUGUCAAUAUAUAUAUUUGUAAUUGCACUUGUUAGUUUCUAUUUUAUGUUUUUUUGUGAAAAUACACAGACCAGCCACUCAUUAGCUUUGGGUUACCACAAAGAGGGUCAACAGGAACUGAUGCAAUAGGAGGCUGUAUGUAUGUGGAGUAGCAGAAACCCUCAGCAAGCUUGUGUUGUGACCUAAACAAUAGUGUAAUGACUGUUACAACCAUUGUCAGAAAUGGAUAUUGUUUAAUUGAUAAAUAAAAUCUUUUUUUUGUUA